CAAAUCAAAUAUUUAUUGUUGAACGUGUGAAGCAAAGUCAGGAUGUGUUGCUUUCCUAAAGUCAAUUUCUGCGAGAUCUCACACAUGGGCAACCUCUCUCAAGAGCUGGCAUUCUCCUCUCUCUCUCUCUCUCUCUCUCUCUCUCUCUCUCUCUCUCUCAUCACCUUGUGUUGUGCUUGCUAGCCAGCCGCCCUCAAUAGUUUUUACUUCACCAAUUUCCACACUUAAAGAUCUUGCCACUUUCUUCAACAAACACAACAUUGACCCUACUUUGUGUGUGUGUGUGUGUGAGAGAGAGAGAGAGAGAGAUCUGAUCUUUGAAGCAAGCCCUUUUUGUAAUCUUCUGCCUCUUCACUUUCAAUUUUGUUGUUUUCUUACAUAUAUAUUUCUUGAAUGUCAAGAGAAAGGGAAGGGGUUGGUGAGAUCGGGAAGAAGCUGAAGACGGAGAUCGAUGGUUCAUCGCCGUCGGCGUCGGUGAGUAUGGGAAGGAGACACGUUUUCGGACCGCCGGGAAGCUUAAACACGAUCACGCCGUGCGCUGCGUGCAAGCUUUUGAGGCGAAGAUGUGCUGAGGAAUGCCCCUUUUCGCCCUAUUUCUCCCCACACGAACCCCACAAAUUUGCUGCUGUUCACAAAGUCUUCGGAGCUAGCAAUGUUUCCAAGAUGCUCAUGGAGGUGCCGGAAGCUCAAAGAGCAGACGCAGCCAACAGUUUGGUGUAUGAAGCAAACGUGAGACUAAGAGAUCCAGUUUAUGGGUGCAUGGGUGCAAUUUCUGCUCUGCAGCAGCAGAUCCAAACUCUGCAAGCGGAGCUCAACGCGGUGAGGGCUGAGAUACUCAGAUAUAAGUAUAGAGAAGCUGCGAAUUCCAUCAUCGCUUCCACCAACGCCGCACUCGCCGUGUCCGUGGCCGAGCUGCCGCAGGCUCCGCCCACCCCGACGCCCUCUCAGCCGGCUCCAGUAGCAGCGCCGCCGCCGCCGUCAAUUGUCAUCACCUCCACUUCUUCGGCUCCGUCUCUGUACACAUCCCCUUCUAGCACGGCUAGCUACACCAGCAUUACCAAUAACCAUAUACCUUUCUUUGACUAAAUCGAUCUAUCCUAUCCAUCUUCUCUUUUUUCCUUUUUUUUUUUUGUUUUUUUUAUAGUUUGGUUUUCUGAUUAGUAGAGAACUAGGGUCCUCUAAAUCAAAUCUGGUGAUUAGGAAUAAAAAAGAAAACCCUUGUUUUAUAUAAAUCGUGGAAUUUCACUUUAAUUUCCCCUAUUAUAUAUACUGUGUUCAUAUA